AUGAGUCGCUUCAUUAAGUGGCUGGAGGAAGCCACUCCGGAAGAUUUUGCCGCGAUGGAAGAGAGGCACCGAGCCUUUGACGAGCAUUACAAGUCCUGGUCGCCUCACAACCUUGUUUCGAGGUCGAGGGAGACGGUCGUGGCCCAGCACUUUUCACGAUUCCGAGCAAACACGUUCGCCGUCGAGAUGGCGAAGACCCAGGGUGCCGCUGCUCCCGAGGUCGACAAGGCUGCCGAGGCGCAGGAGUUCAUGCUCGAGCUACAGACUCCCAACUGGUUCGAUAGGACCAAUAACGCGCAGGACCUCAUGGUGAUCUGGCUCUUCACCGUUGGCCGUGCGGCCUGCUUGAUCCUCGAGCAUGAGCCGGGCAUGCAGGCGCAUGGGAAGAAGGUAGUCGCAGGAGAGGGCGGAAACGACGUCAGGGGAACUGCGUCCGGGGGAGAUGAGUGCACAGCUGCCGAGUCGAGCCGCGAAGAAACCGUCGCCGCAGACGGCCCCAUCGCCAGCUCCAGCGGCGGCAAGGAUCGCAUCUUGGCCGAGCUCCUCGCCUUCUGCGCACGCUACAAGAGCUACAACUCGCAGAACUAUCUCGCCGACUUCCCCGGGCGGCUGCAGCAGUACGAGGUGGCUCUCAACUUGCGCUGCUGCCAGAGAGGCCCCAUACAGAGGGAAUCGCACUUCAACGUCGAGGACGGCGAGAUGGAGAAGGAGCUCCCAACCCGUCCGAGGGUCCAGGGAAGGGACGAGGAAACGAGCCUCGAGGAGCGAGAGGCGACGUCGGCUCUCGUGGCGCGCCUUCGCAACUUUGCGGCCGGUGUGGCGCCGCAGCCGCAGUCCCAGGCCCAGACCAAGCACCAGGCCCAGCAGGAGUCGGGCAAGCGUCGUGACGAGCAGCAGGCCGAGAGCAGCCGGGUCCAUCCGGCCAAGAAGGCUCGCCACUGA